AACCCACUUCAAACAAUGUUGUUAUCUCACGCGCCACCACCACUACCCUUUCUCAACACAUUGCUUCACCAUUUCCAUUACCACCAUCGUCCUCUUUGUUCUCACGCUCUAUCAUCAAUUUCACACUUCACAACUCUCUCUAUCUCUCACUGUCACUGCAACCCUUCACUCUCGCAUUCUCGCCGCGCCUCACUCCUUGCCAUGAGCGGAGAAAGCCUCGCCGCCGCCGACUCGCCGGAACACGUCUCCGGCGACUGGUACUCCGUGCCGGAGCUUCGUCUUCGAGAGCACCGGUUCACCGUCCCUCUUGAUUACUCUCGGGGACCGCAUUCUUCUCCCAAAAUCUCCGUUUUCGCUCGUGAGGUCGUUGCAGUUGGGAAAGAAGAGCAGUCGUUGCCAUACUUGCUAUAUUUGCAAGGUGGACCUGGGUUUGAGUGCCAGCGGCCAACUGAGUCUAGUGGAUGGAUUCAAAAGGCUUGUGAAGAGUUUCGUCUCAUCUUAAUGGAUCAGCGAGGAACAGGUUUAUCAACUCCUUUGACUGUGUCAUCAAUGUCACAGUUCAAGUCUGCAGAUGAAUUAGCUGACUUCUUAAAACAUUUUCGAGCGGAUAAUAUAGUAAAUGAUGCAGAGUUUAUUCGAGUACGCCUUGUUCCAAAUGCUGGACCUUGGACUAUUUUGGGACAGAGCUAUGGUGGAUUUUGUGGGGUCACAUAUUUGAGUUUUGCACCAGAAGGACUGAAGCAAGUCCUUUUAACAGGAGGAAUUCCUCCAAUUGGAAGUGGAUGUACUGCAGAUUCAGUGUACAGAGCAGGAUUUGAGCAAGUUAUACAUCAAAAUGAGAAGUACUACAAGAGAUACCCUCAGGAUAUUAAAAUUGUUCAAGAACUUGUUAAUUAUUUAGCUGAAAGUGAAGGAGGAGGGGUGGCCCUUCCAUCUGGAGGCAUCUUAACCCCAAGAGGGCUUCAGACUCUUGGUCUCUCUAGCCUAGGAUCUGGAGCUGGUUUUGAGAGCUUGCACUAUAUGUUCGAGAGAGUGUGGGAUCCUACUUUAGUUCCGGGAGCACCUAAGAGAAUAAGUUACUAUUUUCUAAAUUCUUUUGAGAAGCGGUUAAGUUUUGAUACUAAUCCACUCUAUGCUCUUCUACAUGAAUCCAUCUAUUGUCAGGGUUCGGCUAGUAGAUGGUCUGCUAAUAGAAUAAGGACUGAAGUUGAAAACAAGUUUGAUGCAGUCAAAGCUGCUAGAGAAGGACUCCCUGUACUUUUUACAGGAGAGAUGAUUUUCCCGUGGAUGUUUGAUGAGAUUCAUGCCUUGAAACAAUUCAAAGAUGUGGCUCAUAUAUUGGCAGAGAAGCAGGACUGGCCCCCACUAUAUGAUGUUCAAGUUCUAAAAAACAACAAGGUACCUGUUGCAGCUGCCGUUUACUAUGAAGACAUGUACGUGAAUUUUAAGCUGGCCAUGGAAACAGCUUCUCAAAUAGCAGGGAUUAGGCCAUGGAUAACUAAUGAGUUCAUGCAUUCUGGCUUGCGUGAUGGAGGGGGCAAAGUCCUUGAUCAUUUGUUGGGAAUGUUAAAUGGAAAGAAACCUCUAUUUUGAUCGAUAUUGCAAAUCCUCUCUCCCUAUCUCAUAGUCUUGACUUCACUUGUCUUUGAACUUUGAACUGUUUUUUUCUUCUGAAUUGCUAGAAUUUUCAUUUCUUCACAUUUAAAUGUAAGGUUUGUACUUUGUAGUUAUAUAUUUCUUGAAAUAUGUCAGGUUUGGCCGUGGUUGUUAUUUCU